UCGACAAAAACAAAAAGAAAAACGAACCAAAUUUCAUUCGCAAAUUCUCGACAACAACAACAAUUACAAGGAAAGAACAAAAUUAUAUGCUUAAAACACUUUUCGAGAAUUAUAUGAAAGCGAAACGAAACAACAACAACAUUUAAAAGAAAACAACAGCAACAACUAGAUCAAGAAGACCAAAACGCAAGCAACACGAAAACGAAAAAUCAAAUUUAAAUAAAAUUAAAUGCAAAGGACAUUCGCAUGUGUGUGGUGGUGGAAAGAAAAUUCAAAACAAAAUUCACAAUUAGAAAACGGAGAAAAAAACGUAGAAAACGUAAACGCAAAAUCAAAGGUGCCAGCAGCAAUAACAACAACAACAAGAACCGCCGACAAUUGUCAGCAACGAGACAAAUUUUGAACUGCAACAUUUCGACAAACAAGUUGAGCGAAAGCAAAAUUUCAACGUUUGGCGUACUAAACACAAGGACCCGAGAAAGCGGCGCAGGAUACGGCGCAAAGUUUUGAAGCAGCACAAGGCACACACAUCGAUAAAAACCUAUACCUAUCUAUCUAUCUAUAUAUAAACACAGAUAUAUAUAUAUAUAUCAAUAUAUAUAACCCGGAUUUGUCAAAAAGAAACUGAAUAACUUAAACUUGAAACUUAAGCACACGACGACCACGGCGACUACGGCGAAUUAACAAAGAGGAGAAAGCAGUGAAACACAGUCGCGUAGUCAACCAGCCAAUCCCAAGAAGCAGGAGAAGUGAAGGCACAGACCGACAGACAACUAGGCAGAUAGCCAGACAUCAAAAGAGAGAGUGUGUGUGUGCGUGUGUGAGAGAGUGUGUGAGUGAGCGGAGAGGCGAGAACGCGUCGCUGCUGCUGUUUGGCAUCAUCUUAUGAUGUCAUCAGAGGAGUACGACGGGGACUGUUUUGGUUUGUAUAACGAUGAGAACGAUGUGUUGCUAAAGGAGGAAGAGACAACAGCAACAGCAACGACAACGGCAACGGCAACUAAGCAGCAACCACCGCAGGCCGCACUCCAGGCAAGCAACGGACAUACAACACCAACAAACGGCGACGACGCGGCGAAUUGCGGCGACACGAACGCCAGCGAAGCGGAGAAAGAGAAACGAAGCAGCAGCGACUACGACGACGACGACAAUAAUUCGGACGACUCCGACGACGUCGUUGUUGUACUCGAAGGCUGUAGCAACAACAGUAAGUCAGCAGCGGUAACAACCACGACGGCAACGGCAAACAGUUGCAGUGGCAGUCGCAAUCGCAGCCGCAGCCAUCGUAGCUCUCGCCAAAGUCGGCAAAUCAGUCAGUCAACGGCCGUCGGUAAGACAACAACGUGCGCGGCUAAUAAAAAGUCCUCAAGUAGCGCAGUUAAGAAUAGCGUUAACGUGAACAACGUGAACGUGAGCGUAAAUAACGUGAAUAGUGCGCCAAGUGUUAAUAAAUUGAAUCGUCGUGCGCGUCAGCGAUCCUUAAGCAAUACCGACAACACCAAUCAGCAAUCGAUUGUAGUAAAUAGCAACAAUAGCAGUGUUGGCAGCAACAGCAACGGCGCAACAACGGCAACCGCUGCUGCCUUCAUGAGUAGCGCUGCUGCGGCUGCUGCGGGUGCCGCAACAACAGCUACAACAGCAGCAACACUAACAGUGUCCAAUUCAAACUCAAACUCUCAGCACCAGCAGCAACAGCAACAAUCGGCAAGUGCAAGUGCAACAGCAACUGCAACAUCGCCUAGCAACUCGCCCAGCUCGAGCUCCGCCUCGUCUCUAUUAACAGCAGCCUUUGGCAAUCUCUUUGGCGGCUCCUCGGCCAAAAUGCUCAACGAAUUAUUUGGCCGACAAAUGAAACAGGCCCAGGAUGCGACCAGUGGCCUGCCUCAGUCACUGGACAAUGCCAUGCUGGCUGCAGCCAUGGAAACGGCCACUAGUGCCGAACUCCUGAGUGCAGCAGGAUUGGUGAAUAGCCUAAAUUCCAGCAAGCUGCAACUGCACCAGCAGCAGCACAACAACAACAAUAAUAAUAAUAACAACAAUACGCCAAUUAGUAAUGGUACAAAUGCCUCGAUCUCGCCAGGAUCAGCCCACAGUUCCAGUCACUCACAGGUCUCACCGAAGGCUAGCAGUCGUCGGGUAUCCGCGUGUAGUGAUCGUUCGCUGGAAGCGGCUGGCGCAGAUGUUGCCGGAGGAUCACCGCCUCGAGCGGCCUCGGUUAGUUCGUUAAAUGGCGGUGCCUCUGGCAAUGGGGAGCAAUUGCAGCACGACUUGGUGGCCCAUCAUAUGCUACGAAAUAUUCUUCAAGGCAAGAAGGAGUUAAUGCAACUUGAUCAGGAGUUGCGUACUGCCAUGCAGCAGCAACAACAGCAGCAGCAGGAGAAACAACAGCAGCAGGAGCAAUUGCAUUCGAAACUUAAUCACAAUAACAAUAAUAAUAACAACAACAACAACAGUGUGGCAGCCACCAAUAAUAACAACAAUAUGGAAAGCAUAAACCUAA